GAUAAGAGGUCAGCGGUUCAACUCAGUAAUAUUUAGCAGAUAGAGCUCAUAAAGAACAGAGAAAGUAGAAACACACGUUAAACAUGUUACACAUUGGCAGCAGAAGCAAAACCAUAUGCCUCUCCGAUUACAAAGUCACAAAUGGAUACGUAUUUCACCACAGGCCGUCCAUAGUAAGAUGCAACUGCAACCAUGCUUCAUCAUCGGUACGGCCCCAAGAGGUAAAGGAGAGAAUAAGAAAAAUAUUUGGGAAAAUUGAGAUAUCUCCAUCUUGCUAUGACACUGCUUGGGUAGCCAUGGUCCCUUCAAGAGAUGAGCCAAAGCAGCCAUGUUUUGCACAGUGCUUGGAUUGGAUCCUUGAAAAUCAGAGAGAAGAUGGAUCUUGGGGUUUGAGUCCUACCCACUCAUUGCUUGUGAAAGACUCCCUUUCUUCUACUCUGGCUUGUUUGCUUGCUCUCUCCAAAUGGAGUGUCGGACACAAGUUAGUCCAAAGAGGUAAUUUUGUNGAUAGGAUGUCACAAAACGAGGUGGAACACGCUUUGAGGAAUUUCAGUGCAACCCUUGAACGAGCCGAAAAUAGACGAUACAUCGAGUCAUAUGAUGUAAAUAUGUUCAAAUUUUCAAAAACAGCUUACAGGUCCCCCAACAUAUACAACAGGGAUUUCAUACUAUUCUCUAUGCAUGAUUUUAAUAUAUGCCAAACAGUACACCAGCAAGAUAUUCAAGAACUCAAGAGGUGGUAUGAAGAUUGCAAACUAGACCAAUUAGGAAUUUCACCAAAAUAUAUAUACACUUCAUAUAUGCCAAUGUCUUCAUUACUCUUCGGGCCUGAAUUCUCGGAUGCUCGUUCCGUGUUUGCAAAAUACGUUUUGCUCACAACUCCAUUGGAUGAUUUUUUCGAUGAAUUGGCUUCCCAAGAGGAGCUGCUCAACCUAAUCGAAUUAGUAAAAGGCUGGAAUCGGUAUUCAACCAUAGGCUACGUUUCAGAGAGAGUUGAAAUUUUAUUUUUAGCAAUAUACAAAACAUUUAAUGAGUUUGCAGCCAAGGCAGAGAUUAUGCAAGGUCGAUGUGUGAAAGAUCAAAUAUUUGACUUGUUUCUUGAUGUUCUGAAUUGCAUGAUGAGAGAAGUAGAAUGGUGGAGAGAAGAGAAGACACCAAGUGUAGAAGAAUAUUUGUCAAUUGCCUGUGUUACUAUAGCUGUCAAAGCUAUUCUUUUUACAACACAAUAUGUUCUCGCGCCAAAACUUUCGGAGGAGGUUAUAAAAAGUGCUGAACUUGGUGAAAUAUGCAAAUGUACGACUAUGGUGUGUAGACUCCUUAAUGACACUCAAACUUACAAGAAAGAAAAAGAAGAGAGGUCAAGUAACAUAGUGAACAUACUCGUAACACAAAGUGAAGGAACGGUUUCGGAAGAAGAGGCAGUAGAACAGGUAAAAGAAAUGCUGGAGAUGAACAGAAGAAAAUUGCUGAGAAUGGUGCUUCAUAAGAAAGAAAGCAGUCAGUUGCCGCAAGUAUGCAAAGAUCUGUUUUGGAACACGAGCAAAGUAGCUCAUAUUCUAUACUCAAACGGCAAUGAGUUUCGCUCUCCAGAGGGACUCAAGAGUAAUAUAAACACAUUAUUUUACAAACCAGUCGACCUAUCCCCAAAACAAGCCUAAGAGUCUCGCCAAAUGGCCGAUGCUGAAACCCGAAGCAGAUUUUAAUGAGUUUUAUUGUUCUUAAACUGAAUGUUAGCUUAUCCUGAUGCUAUCUCUAUCACCAAUUGUGUUUCAUUGAUCACAAAGCAUUUGGAAAACUUCCUUUUGUCUCUGUACUUCAACUUAAUUAAUUGUUAGUUAUUUUGUAAAAUGUAGUGAGACCUUCAGUUAGAUUGUUGAAAUAAUUAGAGUUAUAUUUA